AUGUUUAGACCAGUUAUUCGUUUGUCAUCUAAGAGAUUGUUCUCUGUUACUCCAAGAAGAAGCAGCGCCAUUGCUGAUUUAUACAUUCAACAAAUCAAAGCCUUCAAGCCUGUUGCUCUCUCUGCCAAGGACCUCGAAGGUGCCGUGCAAGCUUUCCAAUUGCCAGCUAAGCCUGCUGUGCCAUCUUCUGAAAUCAGUGCUGAAGCCUUGAAUGCAUACGAAACUUCCGAAGUGGAAACUGCCGCUGUGCCAUCCUCUUCUGGUGCUGCUCCUGUUGAAGAAGACUGGUUCGUUUUCGAAGAAGAGACCGAAGAACACCACUAA